UGUCCUCGCCGCAUCCGGUAAUAAACAAACAGGGGCUCGAGUCUUGACGCUAGCGUCCUUUAUAGUAUAGCAAACUAGUACUCUUCGAAAUAGAGUAUAAAAAUGCCAGAAAAGUCGAUUUUGGUGCUAAUGAGUAUUGUACAUAGCAAGGACAUUUUGUAAAGCUUAUAAUUUGAGGCGGUGUUGAAUAGGCAGAGGGUAAAUACACUGUGUACACUAGCGCACUGUUUAGUAUGAAGGAAAUAGUAGGCGCUGUGUCAAGUUGUUGUGUUGCGAAACUGUGAGGUAAAAUUCAGCUCCUCUUUUCUUCCUGAAACAAAUCGACUGCACCUCAGAAGUCGCCUGGUUCUCAGCACCAUCCAUCAAACCUGAGCAGCUCCUGCUGGUUAAUCAUCUCUGAGAGACGGUGGCAUGUUGCCUGAUCAGGACGGACAGAAUACUGGAGGAGGAGGUAGAGGAGGAGGAGGAGGAGCAAGCGAAGAUCCUUCCACUGCUCUUUUCAGGGAAUAUCUCCGUCUGAAGACUGUCCAUCCAGAACCGGACUAUGAUGCUGCUCUUGGGUUUCUUGGCAGGAUUUCAGAGGAACUCGGUUUGCCCAUGAAGAAAGUGGAGGUGUGUCCUGGUAGAGUAGUGACUAUCCUGACUUGGACAGGCACAAAUCCUGCGCUGAAGUCCAUCCUUCUCAACUCUCACACCGAUGUCGUUCCUGUGUACCAGGAGCACUGGAAGUACGACGCGUUCGCUGCUGUGAAGGAUGCUGAGGGAAACAUCUACGGCCGAGGAUCCCAGGACAUGAAGUCGGUCACCAUACAGUAUAUCGAAGCUGUGCGUCAUCUGAAGGCUGCCGGGAAAACGUUCCCUCGUACCAUCCACUUGAUGUUUGUCCCAGAUGAAGAAGUUGGAGGUCAGAAAGGAAUGGAGACGUUUAUAAAGCACCCCGAGUUUCAAAAGCUCAACGUUGGCUUUGCCCUGGAUGAGGGUCUGGCCAAUCCCUCAGAAGCCUUCACAGUGUUUUAUGGAGAAAGGAAUCCUUGGUGGGUGACUGUAAGGUGUCCAGGCAGUCCAGGUCAUGGCUCCAGGUUUGUGGAAAACACAGCAGCUGAAAAACUGCGCCGGGUCAUUAAUUUGUUCCUGGACUUCAGGGAGAGAGAGAGACAGCGGCUGAAUAUGAGCGAGUGUUUCACUCUGGGUGAUGUCACCACCGUUAACAUGACCAUGGUGAAUGGGGGCGUGGCUUACAACGUCAUUCCUGCUGAGAUGGACGUCAGCUUCGACAUUAGAAUCCCACCCACUGUCAAUCUGCAGGAGUUUGAGGAGCAGAUUAAAGCUUGGUGUAAGGAGGCGGGUGAUGACAUCACUUACGAUUUUGCGCAGAAAGGAAUGAAUCAGAAAACUACUUCCACAGAGGACAGCGACCCCUGGUGGAGUGCGUUCAGCUCCACGUGCAAGUCCAUGAACAUGACGUUAAAGAAGGAGAUUUUUCCUGCUGCCACAGACAGCCGCUUCAUCAGAGCUGUAGGUCUGCCAGCGAUCGGGUUCUCUCCGAUAAACCGCACUCCCAUCUUACUGCACGACCACAACGAGUUCAUCAGUGAAAGUGUGUUCCUCAAAGGCAUCCACAUCUACGAGACCCUCAUCCCUGCUCUUGCCAGCGUGCCUGCUCUGAGCACUGAGGCCUAGACACACACACACACACACACUCUCUCUCUACACUGCAGUUUCACUCUAUUAAAGCACGCCGGUGUUCUGCACUUCCAGCUGCUA